GAGGAGCCGCCCGGCGCCGCGGCAGUGCACGGGGAAGGAGGGCAGCGGCGGGAGGGAGGAAGCUAUGUGGUGCGCUCGGAGCCGGCGGUGCCGCCCGGUGCCCUCAGGGUUUUUCUUACGGGCUCCCUCGCGUCGCAGGCCCGUUCUUUCUGCGCUGAGGGCUGCUGGCGGGUACCACGCAGCGCUGCACGCUGCUGUUUCGGGUGUAGGUGCGCGAUAAUCCGCAGCCCGCCCUGCUCUGGCAGCCCCCGGUGAGACGGGGCUCGGCCGUGGAGCGGCCCCGGCGUUGCGGCAGGGGGCAGCAGCCGGCAGCUGCUCUCCCGGAGGGCGUUUCACGGAGCAGGGAGACAUAAACGGCAAGUCUGGCCUCUCCCUCGGGAAAAACGCAGGAGGUAGCUGCCAGCUCUCCGUAAGAGAGAAGGUGCUUUGUAAGGACAAAGCUGAGCUGAAAGGACACCACAGCCAUCUUCAGCAGGUUAAUACUUUGACUUUCUGACACCAAGAACCUAGGAGAUAAUCCCUCAGGUUAGAGCCGUCUUGAAGAUGAAGCCCUGGCUGCAAUUGGUGCUCUUGACCUGUUUUUGCUUGUUCUGGCAAACAGAAGCCGAGUUUUUCACCUCUAUAGGUCAAAUGACGGAUCUGAUUUAUGCAGAGAAAGACUUAGUGCAAUCUUUAAAGGAAUAUAUCCGAGCAGAAGAAUCCAAGCUUGCUCAGAUUAAAAGCUGGGCUGAAAAAAUGGAUGUACUGACUAGCAAAUCAACCUCCGAUCCUGAAGGAUAUCUGGCACAUCCUGUAAACGCAUAUAAACUGGUGAAGCGUUUAAAUACUGAUUGGCUGGAAUUAGAAAACCUAGUUCUUCAGGAUACAACAAAUGGCUUUAUUGCAAAUCUCACAAUUCAGCGUCAGUUUUUUCCAACUGAGGAAGACGAGACUGGAGCUGCAAAGGCUCUGAUGCGCCUGCAGGACACAUACAAACUAGAUCCUGAGACUCUCUCUCGAGGUAACUUACCAGGAACAAAAUAUAGAUCCUCUUUGACAGUGGGAGACUGCUUUGGCAUGGGCAAAACUGCUUAUAAUGAUGGAGACUAUUAUCAUACAGUACUCUGGAUGGAACAAGCCUUAAAACAGCAUGAUGAAGGGGAGGAUACCACAGUCAGCAAAGUGGAGAUCCUAGAUUAUCUCAGCUAUGCUGUUUUCCAGUUUGGGGAUUUACAUAGAGCCACGGAACUCACCAGACGUCUGAUAUCUCUUGACAGUACUCAUGAGAGAGCAGGCAGUAAUCUCCGUUACUUUGAGAAAUUGCUGGAGAAGGAGAGAGAAGAUAAGUCAUUAAAUAAGACAAUAACUACAACAGAACCUGUGGUGCAAGGUGGGGCCUACGAGAGACCUCUUGACUACUUACCGGAGCGUGAUAUCUAUGAGGCCCUCUGCAGAGGUGAAGGGGUGAAAAUGACACCUCGAAGACAGAAAAGGCUGUUUUGUAGGUACCAUGAUGGAAACAGGAACCCUCAUCUGCUAAUAGCUCCCUUUAAAGAGGAAGAUGAAUGGGAUAGCCCUCAUAUUGUACGAUACUAUGAUGUCAUGUCUGAUGAAGAAAUUGAGAAAAUCAAACAACUAGCUAAGCCAAGGCUGGCACGAGCCACAGUACGUGAUCCCAAAACCGGUGUCCUUACAGUGGCUAGCUACAGGGUAUCAAAAAGCUCAUGGUUGGAAGAAGAUGAUGAUCCUGUUGUGGCCAAGGUAAAUCACCGAAUGCAGCAGAUCACUGGCUUAACAGUAAAAACAGCUGAACUAUUGCAGGUUGCUAAUUAUGGAAUGGGAGGGCAGUAUGAACCACAUUUUGACUUUUCUAGGCGACCCUUUGACAGCACACUCAAAUCGGAAGGAAAUAGGCUAGCGACGUUUCUUAACUAUAAAGAUGAACCAGAUGCUUUCAAGCGGUUAGGGACUGGAAAUCGUGUGGCCACUUUUUUAAACUAUAUGAGUGAUGUAGAAGCUGGAGGUGCUACAGUUUUCCCAGACUUUGGGGCAGCAAUAUGGCCUAAGAAGGGUACAGCAGUGUUUUGGUACAACCUUUUCAGAAGUGGUGAGGGUGACUAUAGAACGAGGCAUGCAGCUUGUCCAGUCCUAGUAGGGUGUAAAUGGGUUUCAAACAAAUGGUUUCAUGAAAGAGGAAAUGAAUUCUUAAGACCUUGUGGGAGAACAGAGGUCGAUUGAGAUCCAACCUGCUGUGGACGAUCAUUUUUUCUUUUCCUUCCAUCUCCUUUUCUACUGUUUGUUCUUCCAGUUCAUUUCUAAGAAAUGAUCCAUCUUUUAUUCUCUAAGAGUCCUAGCACUUUAUCCAAAAAGGACAACAAAAUGUAACAGCUGUGAGUGAAAGCAAAUGGUAUGUUACACAUCCUUGUGUUUUGGUUACUGUUAAUUCUCCAUCACUGUUCAUCCCCCAGCCAUCUUUCUCAUUUUACCCUUCAAUCCUUACAACUUCCAGCAGAAGUGGUGCAAACAGUGCUGUGGGUGAUUCACAUGUUUGGGUGCCUGGUCUUGUGCCUUUGUACCUCAGAAGUUUUAGAUGUUAAAUAUUUCUUUGAACCAAAGUUUGUGUACAUGUUGAUUUUAUUGUAUUUCUGUGGAUCACAAGUUUUGAAACAAAAAUAAAAGCUCUUUACAAAAAGCA